UGCCUGCCCGACGAUACGGUCGCUUCGUUGGGGUGUCGCGGCGAUCCUGUUUUUUUUCUUUGCAACUGAACUCGCGGGAUACCGCAGAACACCGGUCUCCCCUCGCUCUUCCCCCCUUCGGGCGCAUUCGGCGACGGUGUGGAUCCGUCGGAUCGCGUCUUAUCGGGGAAAGAAAGCGGGCGCGCGCUGUCGGUGCCAAGACAAUACCGGGGAAAGCACGUGCAACCGUGCGAAAGGGAGCCGAGAAGCGCGCUCGAGGGGUUGCACGCAUCCCUACUCUUCUCUUGGAAAGCUGCCGACAAGUAACAGAGCACACGGCAACAAUCUGAAGGCUCCCAUGUCGUAUUAAGGACGAGUGACGACUAUUAAAGGCGGGUCGCAGGAGAUGCUUUCGCGGCUGGAAAGGGAGCCGCAUGGCUUCAGCUUUCGCCACCAAUCAAGAUUUUGCGGCUGUGAAGACGUAAUAGGAUUGUUGUGAGCCGAGGUCGGCGGUCGUGAAAAUCAGCAACGGGGACCACGAGUCUUUAUGCAAGCACCGGUCAGCAGGAAGUGACGAAAGGCGCAACUUAGGUAUUCUCUAUUUGUUCCGCUGAGAAUAGCCGAGAUCGAGAGCCGUCAAGAUGUUGCGCAACAAUGUAAUAACGUCUUUAAUGAAGAAGAUGGUAACGACGCAACCGGAAGCCGGUGCAUCGGGGUCAGUUACACCAGAGGAAAGUGGAAAAACUUUAAGCAAAUUGUGGCAGCUGGGCAACAUCAUAGCUACGGGAAACGUAACGAAGCCGGCCAAGGUCACCCCGGUGGAGGACAUUCAGCCUAAAGAGGAGACUUCGACGAUUGAAUCUCUGAAACCAAAGUCGGAAACCGGCGUCAAGACAAGCAGCGGAGAUGACUGCAGGGUAUGCCGGAAAUCGUUCUGCCCCGAGGAAGUCUCGCGAACUUGUUGCGAGUGUCAACACAAGGUCUGCGAGGAUUGCGCCUCGUAUUCCACGACAACGAAUUCCGAUGAUCCGUCUUCCUGGCGAUGUAGCGUCUGUCGUCGAAAGAUUGCCUCGAGGGACCAGCCGAUUAUGACACAGGAAUCUACAGAUUCGCUGCUGGACGUGCCAAUUCUGGAGGCUCUCCAGAGGAGGCACAGUGACGCACGGCUCGGUCCCACUGGAAGUCAAAUAGGCACGCUCGGAAGCGGACUGGCACCACCACGGAGUCCGGAAAUCCGAAGGCAUUCCGACGUUUCGCCGGCUAGUCUCAAGGAACUAGAGAAGUUUCGAAAGGUUGCAGGGGAGCGCCAGAGAGAGGAGCUCAGAUGGGAACGCGAUCUGGACAGGAAGAGCAAGUCAAGAGGCGGCUCGCCCGAUCGCCAUCAGGCCGCCGACAGGGGAAGAGCGACUAGCCCUCAGAGGGUCGUCAUGCCGGCUCAGACGGGCGUAAUCGAGCAAGAAACUGGCGAUUUGGAUGACGAAGAGGAACGUCGGCGUCGUGCUCGCCGUGGAGGCGGCACGAUUCGCCGUAAAUCUCGCGUGACAAGGCAAAGGUCCUACGACGAUGAAAUCAAAACGGCAGCCGCGAUGGGUGGCGGUGGCGCACAGCCCACACAUCCUGAUACCGGUCUAGGACUUCCGGUCCAGUUACCGAGACGAGCAUCUGCCUAUGACGUUUACGCCGCCCCCGGAAGCAGUGGCCUCAACGCAAUGGCCAUUGCUGCUGCCCAGCAAAGAGCCUCCAUCUCAGCACAAGGCGCUCGAGAACCUGAAGAGCGACCCGUAACGCGCAGGUCUUCCUUCCGCGCCGUAAAACCGAUGCCCUACGAGGUUGCGGCCGACGAUGAGAAAAUGAUUAAGCUGGACUCGUCAUCCGCACCUGUGGUGACACCGCCUGUGCCCCAACCCGUUCUCAUACCCGACGAGGAAAGACGCAAUCGACGAAGAGGCUCUCAAUUACCCGAUAUAAAUGCGAUAAGGGCACUGACAUCGGCCCAACCAGGAGCAGUGAAAGCCGCCCCUCCGACGGUUGUUAGCAGGGUCGCGGCUGAGGAACGAGAAUUGCCUAGGCAGGGCAGUCUGGUCGACGGGGAGGGCAUCAAAAUCGUCAUUCAUGACGUCGACAGUGAUCUUGCUCCACGGAUGAAUGCAAAGAGAAGGGUAAAGCUGAGGAGAGACCCGGUCAUGGAUAAAGGACACAGAACGCGCGGAUUUGGUAUGAGGGUGGUGGGCGGCAAGACCGGGUCGGACGGGCGCACCUUCGCGUGCAUCGUAUGGACCGUGCCGGGUGGCUCCGCUGAGAAAGCCGGCUUACAGCAAGGAGACAAGGUACGUUCACGUUAUACAUAUUUUAUACAUUUUGUAAAAUGUUAAUUACGACAUAAUUAUUUUUCAAAUGUAACUCACAUAUUUGUGUGUGAAUCAUUUAACAUCAUAAUAUGUUGCUAUUAUCUAUACA